AUGGAAAAAACACUCUUAAGUUCAUGUGGUAGUAAUAGUAAAGUGAAAGAUUGUUGGGAGAGUCAUGAUCAUGAGAAUGAUUUCAAGUAUGACAAGGAUUACCCCUAUGGAUAUCCAUGGCCACCAAGGUACUACACUUGUACCUUUUGUCAAAGAGAAUUUAGGUCAGCUCAAGCUCUUGGAGGUCAUAUGAACAUCCAUAGAAGAGAUAGAGCUAGGUUAAGAGAUCUAUCUCCUAAUAAUAACCCAUUUUACUCAUCUAUUAAUAAUAAUAAUACUGAUCAAAACCCUAACCCUAACCCUAAUUCUAACCCUAACCCUAAUAACCCUAACCCUAACCCUAUAAGUAUUUUUUCACCUUCUUCUUCCCCAACAAACAACACCAUGGCCACCACCACCUAUUCCCACCAAUACUCCUUGGUUUCGCUAUCUCUCUCCUCCAUCCCUCCUUCCAUAAAACAUGGAAAACAUCAUUCUGAUCAAGAAGUUAGUAGGGUUUCAAAGAAUACUACUUCUAUUACUAAGGAAGUUGUGAGGUUGGAUUUGGAGCUAUGUCUUGGAGAAGCUAAGGAAGAACUUGAUCUGGAACUUCGGCUCGGAGUUUAA